UAUGCUUGGCGUCGUCGGAUUCUUCAUUUAUGCUAAAGAGAAUUCCCGUCUAUUCGAUUCGGUGAAUCCACGUUACGCACAGCAAUUGCUUGAAAUCGAGAUGUUCACAUUCUGCUCAUUGGAUAUUGUAGAUGAGAAAUCAACAAAAGCAUCGGAAAUGUUUUUGGGACAACUUUAUAAUGAUCAAAAGUGGAGGUCAUUCGGCUACAUUACCAACACAGGAGUCCGUAUGAUUCUGGUUCUUGACGCAACUUCAGCAGCUUCAUUAAAAGAUCAGGAGAUUCGAUUGAUAUUCAAACGAUUCCAUGGACAUUAUUGUAAUACUAUCUCAAAUCCAUUUUAUGAAAUCGGAACCCCAAUGCAAUCAAAAUGGCUUGACGAAGGAAUCAAUGAUCUAUAUUCGAUUAGUGAAUAAUAAUGAAACGGAUUUUGUAAAUAAAAUAAUUUUUGU